AUGUCUGUGGAUUCCCGAAUAAAUGCCCUUCAAUCCACUCACCCUAGACUGCACAAGUUGUGCAAGUUCCUAUGGAAGGUGUGGAUGGGCUAUUGGUUCUACAUCAUUCUCGCAAUUUUCAUUGUGAUUGCCAGUUUCGCUCCCAACUUUGCUCGGGCUGGUGGACUUAUUAGGGCCGAAUACUCCAUAGGUUACGGUGCCGUUGCUGUGAUUUUCCUUGGUUCUGGUCUCUCCAUGAAGACCAGAGAUCUUCUGCAAAAUGCCUUCCAUUGGAGAGCACACCUUACAGUCAUGUCUCUAGAGUUCCUAAUAACCUCUUCCAUAAUGUAUGGUUUUGCGUGUGCUAUUCGGGCCGCUAAUAAUCCAAACAUCUCUGUGUGGAUGUUGGUUGGUAUCAUCGUCACUGCAUGUUGUCCUACUACGGUGAGUUCUAACGUUGUCAUGACCCAGAAAGCUGACGGUAAUGUUCAUUUAACUCUCUGUGAGGUCUUUUUCGGUAACGUUUUAGGUGCCUUCAUCACUCCAGCUAUGGUACAGUUAUAUACUCAGGGUAAGUGGGCCUUUGCCAACCCUGCUAACGGUGCUUCUGUCACUGAAGUCUAUGGUAGAGUCAUGAAGCAGAUCGGUUUAUCAGUGUUCGUGCCCUUGUUUGUUGGUCAGGUGCUUCAAAACUUGUUUCCCAAGCAUGUCAAAUGGUUCUAUACGACGUUCAAGAUGGGUAAGUUGGGUUCCUUCAUGCUUAUUUUGAUUAUGUUUUCUUCAUUUUCUACUGCUUUCUACCAGCACUCUUUCACUUCUGUUUCGCAUGCUUCUAUCAUCAUGAUCUGCUUUUUCAACUUCGGCAUUUACAUGUUCUUUACCGUGAUAUGUUUUUUGAUGUCAAGGCCGUUAUUUCUUCUCACCAUAUUCAAGAAAGUCCCCGACGAUCAGAGUUCACUAUUGUAUAGGUACAACUAUAAGAUCUUCCGACCAUUCUACUAUAACCGACCUGAUACUGUUUCUGUGAUGCUUUGUGGCGGUGCUAAGACUGCCGCUCUUGGAGUCUCCCUAAUCACUUCCCAGUAUGGAAGUGACAACUCUCACUUGGGUGAGUUGUUGGUUCCCUUGGUGCUUUAUCAGGCUGAGCAGGUCUUGGCAGCAAAUGUUUUAACUAACUGGAUGAAAAGUUGGAUUCAUGCUGGUCCUGAGUGGAAGGAAGAGCAGCGUAAGAAGCAGCUUGAGCAGCAGGUCGCAGAGGAGGAUGUUGAAGAUAUCGCUGACGGUGUUGUCGAUGGUCCCAGUAAGAAGCAUCCCCAAGGUUCAGUCAUCGAGCAUUCAGCAGAGCUAGAUAGUUCCCUCGAUUUUAAAGAUGAUACUACUAAACUUUAUUCUUCAGAUCCCACAGCUGUCACUCACUAA